AGCUCAUUGUGUUUAAACUUCUGGCUGGCCACGCCAAAGGAUCAUCACUACCUCAUCAUGGGGGUGACCUCCGAAAUCAAUCGCUCCGUAGGUCUUUGAAAUUUGAUGCUGGCCACUUUAGUUUUUAUGGAACCCCCUACCCGAAGGCGCUCGUUCACGCAUCCGAACGAGAUCAACUUCUCCCUCAAUCGCUAGGCAGCUUAGAUCAGUCAGUCUUCGAUAUAUUGUUAGCGUAUCAAAUAUAUCUUCGAACCUAUCCGCUCCUGGCUUUUUAUUUCACUGGGUGAGCACGAUUCAAUUAUAGGUGUGAUUGUUUAAAAUGUUGUCAAAAUCUAAAUUCUUGUGGCAUCUUCACAUGCAGCGGUGAAACCGAAAGAUACAAACUCAAGAAACCCUAACAUUGAGAAGAAUCGAAAACGCAAAAGCAGUUAUUGGACCCCGGUAGCUGUACCGUGCUUCUACGUAUGCCUCUUUUCCAGAAGGGCCCACCGGCUUCACCAACUUCGCUUGGCCGGAAGGGCCAUGAUUCAAGUUAAUUGAGAAUACUUUUUGAUGACAAACCAACGAUUUGAUGUCUCUAAGUAUAUUUGUAUCGUUAAUUGAUCUUUUAAGAAAUCUGUUAUUCAUAAAAUAAUUACUAAAAACUUAGGACUACUCAGGUAUUGGGCAUUGGAUUGCAGCGCACUUUCCAGUUUUCUGCGUUGCACGAUUUGGUCAAUCUUCAGUGUAACCCUCUGCCCAUUCUUUCAUCUUGAGAAGUAACAAAGGUUGGAGGGAUGAUAGAACCAUCGUCUUCAGGAUGGGAAGUUUUUAAAGAGUCCAAGGGUUUUAUUAAAAUCAUUGAAGUUCUUAUAGCAAUCUUUGCGUUUGCAACGACGUGUGACUUCUCAACCAAUGUCAAGCUAAAGUAUGACUGUCGGGGUAACGGAUCAUUUGAGCAUUGGAGUGCCAAAUUUACAUACCCUUUCAAUAUUGACUCCAUCGUGCUGCCUCGAUGCAUUGCUAUGGAGAGUAAACAUAUGUAUGGGAAUUUCGCCUCAGCAGCACAGUUUUAUGUGUUUGUUGGUGUCCUAACUAUGCUUUUCUGCGUUGCUAUGGGCGUCUAUUAUGUCUAUUUUCAUGAUCGCUAUUUCACUGACUCACGGUUUAGUAAAUACGAAUUCAUCUUCUCGACUGUCAUUGUUCUGUUAUGGUUUAUCGCCUCUUGUGCAUGGGCCGAUAAUGUAAACCAGUUUAAAACGUAUACGUCAGCAAGUCGGAUCUGCAAUGAAGUGGGACCUAAUGUGCAUUGUGAAGCCGAGGAACAAGCUACCUAUGGGGGACUUAACGUUUCUCUGAUAUUUGGGUUUACCAAUGUUGCUCUAUGGGCAGCUGGUUUAUGGUUCAUAUGGAAAGAAACUCCAUGGUCCGGAAAUAAUUCUCUACUUGGACCAGAAAAUAUCGCUACUGCUGCCGAUGGGUCUCAAAUGUAGUGCGCACUCCAACAAGUCUCCAUGUACUGUUCUUUCAAGAAUUAGAUCAACUACAUUAUUUUGUGUGAUGAUAAUGAGACAAACCCACUUGUAAAUCACUCAUUUAUCAGUUGUUAUUUCUAUCCAUAUGUUUUCCCAUUUAAAUCGAAGCUAACAAACGAAAUAGUGCAUUUUGUUUGUUUCAUUACUACAAGAUUACUGCUUCCAUUAAUAAAUUGUUCAUGACUAUGUCGAUAAUUAUGUUACGGCACCAGUGUUUUUGAACUGAACAUUUUCUUAGGUAAAAUUUCAUUUUCUAUCAUAUCAUUCUUUCUAAAUACAUUAUUCAGGUAACGUUGUCCCGCUUUUUUGCCAUGUCUUCAUUUUGUUAAAUGUGAUGAUAAUUUUGUUGUUGUAAUCGCUAAUCAAUCACAUACAUCGUCUGUAUAUCAUAAUAAAUCAAACACAAUUCAGGUUAUACUUCUGUAUGUUGUAAAGCUAGUUGUAGGGUAACUCUGUAUGUAGCUCUUCUCGGUUUAAUAUCGGUCCCAAGGUCGGCUGAGGUAGGAGGUUUGGGCAUGGGGUCAGCAACCCCAUCCCGUAGAAAGAAUCUUGCUAAAAAAAGCCAAUCAGAAUAAAUAACUUAAACUAUUUAAGCUCUGACAUGGGAGUUGAAGGAUCUUCAUUCAGGUGAAAGCUGAGAUUCUUCGGAAGUCACGAGGCCGAUCCUCUUUCUAACAAUCAGAGCAACAAUUAAUAUAGGUACACAGAAUGUCCGAACAAUGUAGAAGACCGGAAGGACUAGUCAAGUAGCAACGGAAAUGAGAAAAUACAACUUGGUGGUGCUUGGAAUAAGUGAAACACAGUGGACCCAAGCUGGAAUGUAAGGGCUAGAUACCGGUCACUAAGAAGAAAAUGCUCCAUAUACUCAGCGUAUUGCUCCGAUGCUGACCAAAGAAACACGAAAUGCACUUAAAGAAUGGAAGUCUCAUGGACUCAGUAUCGUGAAAGCAUCUUUCAAAGCAAAGAAGGGAAUCACGAUUAAUGUUGUCCAGUUUUAUGCACUCACCAAUGAUAGCCACGAUGACAUUAAAGAUCAGUUCUAUGUGAGUCUGCAAUCAAUCAUAGCGAAGUUCCCCCGAAAAAAACAUCUGAUCAUCCUGAUGGUAGAUUUAGACGCCAAAGUCGGAAUGGACAACACCGGUUAUGAAGAUAUCAUGGGACGAUAUGGACUGACUGGGAGUAAGAAUUGAGAAUGACGAGAGAUUUACUUGUCUUCAGCAAAAUGGUUAUAGUUGGCACUGUAUUACCCCAUAAUCACAUACACAAGCUGCAUGCGUCUCACAGGGUCACACCAUUGAGAACCAGAUCGACCAUAUCUGUAUCAUUAAAAAAUUCAGCUGGUCGAUGGAAGACGUGAGAACUAGGGGCGGAGUUGACAUGGCUCCAGAUCACAACCUGUUGGUUGCCAAGAUGAAACUGAAGCUAGAGAAGCGUUGGACAUUGUCGGAAUAGCAUUUCAGCCUUCGAGAUACUGACAAACUCAACCAAUUCAAGACAGCUCUCAACAACAGUUUGCAAGCCUUACAAGAUCUGCUGAGAGAACUAGUGUCGAGAACAACUGGAGAGGGACUAAAGAAGCGCUGGAUUCAACGUGUUAGGAGGUGCUUGUCACAAGAAGCAUCAUCAUAAGUAAUGGAUCUCUACGGAAACCCUGGAUAAGAUUCAAGAUGGAAAGAACAAGAAGACAGCGAUUAACAACAGCCGAACCAGAACAGAGCAAGUCAAGGCGCAGUUCGGAUACACAGAAGUAAACGAGCGGGUGAAGAAGAGCACUGUAGCUGACAGGCGGAAAUUCUCGGAAGAGUUAGCAACAACAGUGUCGAAAGCUGCAAGAGAAGGAAAUAUGAAACAGCUAUAUGACAACGAAGAAACUAGCGGGGAAAUAUAGUAAACCAGUCAAGUACAAAAUUGGCAGGACCACUACUAAGAUUAAAGAACAGUGGAGCAGUUUGAGGAACUCUUGAAUAGGCCAUCUCCACUAAAUCCACCGGACAUCAAAGCAGCACCUACAGACAUUACGGCCAUCAGGACAGUGAAGAGUGGGAAAGCAACAGUACCUGGAAAUAUUCCAGUUGAAGUCAGACUUAGAAGUAACUGCAAACAUGCUUCACGUUCUAUUCAAGAAGGUUUGGAAGGAAGAACAAGUGCUGACAGACUAGAAGGAAGGAAACCUCAUCAAAAUAUCAAAGAAAGGAGGUUUGUGCAAGUCUGGGAACUACAGGGGCAUCAUACUACUGUACUGACAACAUAUGAAUCGAUAAGAGGUUCAAUUGUUGCACUCAGUACGUUGUCUUACUGAGAUAUGGGGAUGUCAAAGGACAACACUUGGUCUGUGACCAUAGACGUUUAUUGUUUGCCAAAAGUACAACUACAGACAUUUUUAUACAACCCGGAAAUACCAUAGUAAGUGAUUGAAUGGUUUUUGCUGAUAUUUCCAGCAGUAAAAUAAACCGUUCAAUCUAACUAUUCUAAUUACAUUACAGUAUAGGUUGAAACACGUAGUAGGCAAACCCCUAUCUCAUAAACUAGCAACCCAGAAUCUUGGUUUAUAAUGCAUUUUGAUUAAACUGUUUAGUUUGUGACCUAUCCUCUAUAAGAAUAGACUAACUUAACUAAUCUAUCUACUAAUAAUCGUUAAAAUUUCGAAGGUAAGUCUCAUCACUAACCAACGUUAACUGGAUAACCAUUGAAAGCCGGGAUUCAAUUUUACCAUUGUUUUUCCGUUGUACCAACCGAGAAUCAUUUAGUUGUACAACAGGCAUGAGACCAUUGAGCUGUCAAGUCAUAAUUCAAUGAUUCAAAAUUUGCAGUUUCAGCCAGUUUGCAAUCUUCAUCCUACUACCAUCAGUAAGUUGCUAUGUUGAUUGGUCUCAGACUGUAACUUUGAACUUUGGAAAGUCCAUUUUGAAACUAGUCAUUAGGAUUAGAAAUCCACUCUAAAGUAAUAUCCAUUUAUUACAAAUAUCGAUCUUUAAUUUUAUUGGCCUAUUAUGUACUAACCUUAGUUUAUAUAUUUUUUCAUUACUGGUAGAGUUUAUUUUCAGUGUAGAUUGUUACAUAUCUUCUAUAUCAUUAGUAAUAAACCUUUCCAACUUCUCUACUGUAUAUUUUGUACAUGAUCGACUGACCACACAAAUUCGCACUUCCUUAAACCUCUAACAAGAACACUAGAAGGUCUGAUAAAAGCCGUCAGUACAACUUUCUAUCCCUCUAAUUCAUAAUUCAUGAGUUUAUACAUGCAUGAUACUAAACUAUAAUAUACUCUUACUUAUAAAUCUCUAUAAGUAUCUACAACUAAGUUAUUUUUACUACAGAGUUGAAUAACACAUGGUUAAUUGAAUUUUACCUUAUAUCGAUAGCGUAAAUAACGGUGAUUAACAAGUUACAUAAUAGCUUGUAAUUGAGAUCAGAUAAAAGGGUUAGUCGCAGUCACAAUAGCUUAUUGAUAACGGGUCGUACUAUACAUACGGGUGACCCAAGUCCGAAUCCCGUAGGGUGCACUAGUUCCCUCAGAAUUGCAGAUACACCUUGCUAACGAGUAUUAACUGGUACGAUACUUAAAUCCAAAAGCCCCUGCCAGCAACUUCCAUAUGUCUAACUAUGUAUAAAUACUACGGAGUGAUUUGCUCAUAUAUACUCCCGAAUAAUGUUCAAAUCAACUCGGUAAACAUUCGGGACCAAUGUUCUACAUUUCUCUUUCCUUAAUGUUUCUCAACACAGGUAAUCCCGUGACUCAAUAAAAUGCAAUGAUUCCUUCCAUUUGAAGAAUAUUAAAGUUUGCUGAAAAAUCCGAAAAAUGGUCAUAAUAUUGCUGUUUUCGAUAACAGCGGUGAAUCUAACCAGGAUACGACAACUUCCUUUUUUAUCCUCGACUAUUCUGAAAUAAAAAUUAACUGAUGUUCAUAGUUUGGAUUGCGAUUGAUCCCUUGUAAUGGGGUCUUGAACGUACACUUCUGAAGAGUCCCAUUUCAUAACAAGACAGAUGUCCAGUGAUUCCUGGUUUUCGAUGGUAAUCUAGUUAAAAUUAGUUCGGAAUUUAAACUUUAAAAACUCUAUAAUCUCCAUAACUCGCUCGCUAUACGAACACAUUGUAAAUGCUUAAAUUUAUUAGAAAAUAUAUCAAAACCAUUAUUUUUACGACUUCGUCUUGAAGGGGACGAAAUAGCUAAUAAGACUAAUCCUAGACUAAGUGCUCCUUUGAAAAUGACGUAUUGAACUGCGAAAUUUAUGAUUGAGACAAACUAAAGUAGAUAAACUUCCACUUUAUAUUGCCUCCAGUUGUAUUUUCCAGUUUACAUGUUAGUGACAAAGCAUUUACAUCAGAAAAACAAGAAAAGAGGUUCUUGUUCGCAUCUGAGAGCACAAUCCACAACAACUAAAGUCAAAAGUGAUAUGACGAUGAAAAAUCAAAAUUAGGUUGAUUUACUUGUAGUGACCUACUUUUAUCAAGAGAACACGAUUGGUUUAAUGAAAACAAUUAUUAUUAUAACCAAUUGUACCCGUGAUUGUCUUACUGUACUUGUUUGUUUAACUGUACUAAAGACAUCCAUUAUUCUUCCAUUCUUGCUUCCGUUGAUUGUGACCUUGCACGAACUUACGUUUGCCCAGUGAUUCCGCUUGUACUCCUUUGGCACGUUCUCGGUAUUCUUUCGAUACCACGGGAUCGCCAACAAAUAUAUAUCGCUACAACUUCCAAUCGCCUUCCGAUAUCUGGUGCGCAACCUUCUUGUAGUGGUGAUCAUAGUCAACCGCGACUCGACGCCACACUACAUACUCAUCAUGAAUUUUGUUCGACAUUAUUUACGUUUUAAUUCAAUGUGAUACUUACUCAGUGUAGUAUUUGUUUUGUUUUCCUGUAUGGUAUUUUAUUCUGUAUAGUAUACAAUAUUUUUGUAUUAAAUUAACAUUAACUAGGCUCAGCGUGACAUGUAGCAUGUGAUUUGUCAUAUAUUUGAUUUCAUCCUAAUCAAUAAUCAAAAUGGGUGUACGAAUCAAUAUAUAAAUGAGUGUAUUUUCGGCUAGAAUAGUCGUCGUCAUGUUUCGGAGUUAAUAAAUCCUCAUUUGUACCAGUCUUUGUGUUCUUACUUUCGCGUCGUAGGAAUCGCAGUGGUUCCUCACUUUAUAAGUAUGAGUGAUAAGCGAUUCUGACACAAAAAUCAGCGAAGACCAGAUAAAACAAAUUAACGUUCAAUCGAGAAGAUUUCUCAAAAAAAAUCAACGUAUUUUCAACAGAGCAAUUACCUGUCAUCUACUUAGUACUUGACAUAAUGUUAAUAUUUCAAAAAUGGUUCGGAACAGCCAAUAAUCAGAUAAUGUGGAAUUUAGUAAGUUAAGCUGAAACUAUCUCUAUUAAAAGAUUGAAACUGAACCUCUAUUUUCAAAGGACAAUGAAGUUACGCCAUUUAUACAAACACCCAUACCCAUAUACAGAUGCUUAUUUCAAUUACAGUUGAAAAUGGGAAAUAUGAAACAAAAUCGAAAACACCAGUGUCGUUCCCGUAAGGCUGUAUGUACCUGUGUAUAUGUUUAAUUUUAUGGUCCUGGAAAUAAACAAUAACUAAUAUAAUGUAUAUAUGUGUGAUGGGGAACGUUUCGCAGUUAUAUGAUCAUAUGAACCAAUCACAUUCUGAUCGGAGGUUUUACAAUACACACAAAUUAAUUCAUUUUAAAAGAAAACCUGCUAAAAAUUGAUUAAAGAAAAGUUUGAAGCAAACAGCAUUAUUGUCCUUGAAAAAACAAACUAGAUUCAUUUAUAUUCAAUUGAGUACUUGGAACAUGCAUCACAUAUAUCUAUCUACCACUUGCUCAGAUGUACGAUACUAGCUGGUAUAAGACUAGAUUGGAAGAAAGUUAUCUGAAACCAAACCAAAACGUGUGAAUACUCUUUUAAGCAGCUGGCUGUUAAUUUGAGUCACAUCGGUAGAUUAAAAAUUAAUUUUUGAGUACUUGUGUGAUAAGGGGUACUGUUUGGUUAAAUAUUUUGUAUGAUAAUGGUUCAUAAUUUUUUGCAGUAACGAUAUUGAAUUAAUCCUUUUCCUUACUUUAAACCUUGGACUUAGUGUUAUCGGUGUGCUUUUCCUUCAUAUAUGGAUGCUGCAAAUCUGUUAAACGAUCAUCUACACAUUAACUCUCUAAGUAAUAUUUAUCUAAAUGUUAUAACUUUUGCCCUUGUCAAUUAUCAUGUGACAAAAUCGCCAAUCAGAAUACCGACUUCCAUGACGUUAUUAUUGUGCUAAACCAAUGGCACGUCAAACAGCGCUAGCAGCCUUGCGUCAACUCCGAAUCGUUGUUGGUCCUUCUCGCCUAGGCCUACCCGUUUAGUUCGGAACACAAUCUCAGCCUCCACUGUAUGAAUCGUUUAUUUCAGGUAUACUUGGUUUAUGUACAAACAGACUAUACCGCAUUAUAUCAUAUAAGAUCAUGUCAAAAAGUGUCCGUGAGUAUGAGAGGUUGUAACUAAAGAAUUGGAAAUUAAGUAUAGUAAAACGUAUAACAGUAGCCAAAAGGUCAAAUGAAAGCUUAUGAUAAAAGGAAUAAGAAUUUACAUAUAAUAUAGUUACUUAAUAGUUAUCCAAUAGGAAUAUAUGUAAUAACAGUUCACAAACAAUUCCUAGCAGUUACCAUUCAUUUACUCUUCGUUCGGAUAUAACACUAAAUGCUAUAUUUUUCCUUUUCGCGUCUAUUCUCAACAUUUGUCAUCAUCAAACUGUCACUUGUGUUAAUUUGAAAAUCCAAUUACUUGAUGCAGUUAAUCAAUUAAAUUUUCAUAAAAUGUAUUCAUAAAGCACUCGAAAUGAUACAAAGGUUAUCAUAGUUAUUAAUGUUCACAAAUCUCAGGAACAAAGUUUCUCAUCUUAAUUUAUUCAAUGUUUAAUUUACAGCUCUAGUUAUUAAUGGUAAGUUCCAAUGAAUUGGGAAAACUGUAAAGCAAUCAAAUCUAUAUUUCCAGGAGCAUAGUCAGACAUGCAAAAACUGACUGAAUUUGUAGUCUCGAUGCGAUUGAUUUCAGAGUAUAUCCUAACAUCGUGAUAGUUAGUACGUUCUAGUUCAAGAUUUAUCAGAAAGAAAACAUCAACUCACUAGAAGAAUCAACCUCGUAGGAUUUUAAGUCUAGCCCCCAAAAGUUUUAUCAUUUAUCUGCUUGAUGAAAUAUCAGAGACUUUACCUAUGUAACUACGGUCAAUUCUCAACAUAAUUAGAUCAUCUCUCUCUACCACAAACGAGUUAGUUGUAUUACAAUUAUUUUAAUUCCCCUCAACGAUCACCACUGUUCCUAAUGAAAUCUGAAAAAUUCAUCUCAAAAUAUAUUCUGAUGUGUGCUACUGAUGUCGGUGGAUAUAAGUAAUAUGUAUCAGCAAUCAAAAAUGAAAUGCCUAGUGGGAGAACGUUAAGGAGAUCGGAAGAAACAAAACGAGAUCAGAGAAUGAUUGGUGUGGAAGCGAAGGAACAAUCAAGUCUGAGACAAUUGAUUAUUAUUUUGCAAAUGAAAUAUUUACUGUAUGAUUCUCAGAUUUAACUAAGAGAUUCUGUAAUUUUAUAUUCAAAUACAUUUGAUUAUUCUCAACGGUGUUCUCUUUCAUUACAAUAUCAUCACUAAUAUAUACUUGUUAUAACUUGUGAUCGGCGAUUAGAGGGCAGUGACUUAUCGAUCAGACCAAUGACGCGUAAACCCGUAUGAGCGACCUAGAGUCCUGAUUGAGUCCUGCUUCCCUGUCUAGCCCAGCCAGUCGAGUCCAGAACAUCAAUCAGAGCCUCUGCAAUAUGAAUCAUUAUCUUUCAAACAUACCGAGUUUAUAUACCAAUCAAACAGACCACAACGUACCAAUAAAAUAUGAAAGAACAUUUGUAUAAGAAGUAGCCAUAUGUAGCUGUGAAUGAAGGAGGUAGUAAUUAAUAUACUGGGUAUAACUCAAGAAUGAUAAAACGUAUAAUAAUAGUUUAUGAGUUAAAAUAACGCUUAUAAUAAGCGGAAUAUGAAUAUGCAUAGUUUAGUUACCUAAUAAUUAUACAAUAG